UGGGUGGAACUAAAAUUAGCAGUUUUUGCCGGAGAAGAUUGUGAUAUAUUGAGAAGGAUUUGAUCUUCCUGACCCACAUAUCUGAUAUCGCAUAUUUGAGAAAGUUGAAUCAUUAAUGAUGAUUCAAUUGAAAAAAGAAAGAUGGGUUUCUUUCUUUUAUGAUGAUUAUUGCUGUAGUGAGGACCAAAGCUUAAUUGCAUGAAGGGUCUGAGCCAUUGGCUUCCAACCCUUUAUUAAUUACUAUUUCUUCUACUGUUCAUUCCAAAUGUCUACUAAGCCACAGCGUUAAUCUUCCCCUGCCUCAUCAAUAACCCAUUUACAGCCAUUCCUUAAUGGUACCCAGCUCGCAGCCACAGACGAUAAAUGCAAAUCAGAAACUUAUUUUCAGGUCCAAAACAGUUCAGUUUCCUAAAAAAGAGGGAGAGAGAGAGAGGAGAAAAAGUGGGGAAACAAAGAAGAGAGAGAAAAUUGAUGGAUAGAAUCUUCCGUGUCAAUGGGUUGGACAAAUGGUGGAGGUAGUUAUCCAGACUGGUUCUUAAACUAGAAUCCUUCCUUGAAUCGCUUACAAGCAGGACUCUCCAGUUCUAUAAAGUUUCUUCCUUUGAGUUCACUGUCUAGUCUCUAUACCUUUCAAUACUCUCUCUUGUUUUACCCCUAAAUACUCUCCAUCUCCCUCUUUCUCUCUCUCUGAAAUUUGGGAAGCGUGUUAGCAGAACGAGCCCUUAUACUCUGCAAUUGAAGAAGAUUGGAUCUCUCCUCCUUUGUUAAAAAAUAAAAAAAUAAAAAAAUAAAAAAAUAAAAAAAAUAAAAAAAUAAAAAAAUAAAAAAAUUAUUCAAGUUGGAUUGUCUCAGCUCUCUUUAAAAAAUUGCAUUGCAAUGGAGGGUGGUGUUCAUAAACCAGAUAAAACAGAAUUCAGGGAAUGUUGUUUGACAACAUGGAAGCAACCUUACAUCACGCGUCUCGCCCUAUCUGCAGGCAUUGGAGGAUUCCUCUUUGGCUAUGACACUGGAGUCAUAUCUGGUGCUCUUCUUUUUAUUCGAGAUGAUUUUCGAUCUGUUGAUAGAAAUACAGUAUUGCAAGAAACCAUUGUAAGCAUGGCUAUCGCAGGAGCUAUAGGAGGUGCUGCACUUGGUGGACUGACAAAUGACAAGCUUGGACGGAAAUAUUCGAUCUUAAUAGCUGAUGUCUUCUUCAUGCUUGGUGCAAUAAUCAUGGCGUCUGCUUGGGCUCCAUGGGUGAUAAUUGUGGGGAGGAUAUUUGUGGGAUUGGGAGUUGGAAUUGCUUCCAUGACUACACCUCUAUAUAUUUCAGAAAUUUCUCCUGCUAGAAUUAGAGGAGCCCUUGUUAGCACAAAUGGGUUGCUACUAACAGGAGGGCAAUUUUUGUCAUACAUUCUCAAUCUUGCCUUCACAAAGGUACCAGGAACCUGGCGUUGGAUGCUUGGAAUUGCAGCAAUUCCAGCUUUAGUUCAAUUCGUAUUGAUGAUACUACUUCCAGAAUCCCCUCGGUGGCUCUAUAGAAAGAAUAAAAAAGAUGAAGCUGUCAAAAUUUUAAGGAAAAUAUAUAACCCUGAAGAAGUAGACAUAGAAGUAGAAGCUUUGCGGAUAUCAAUUGAAUCUGAAAUAGCAGAGGAAUCUUCCAUUGGCGGUGGUAACAUUUUCAGUAAAGUAAGAGGUGCAUGGAGUAAUGUGAUAGUCCGCAGGGGACUUAUCGCUGGUGUUGGUUGUCAAGUGGCUCAGCAAUUUGUGGGUAUCAAUACAGUUAUGUAUUAUAGUCCAACCAUAGUUCAGUUGGCCGGCUUUGCUUCGAACAAUACUGCAUUAGCACUCUCUCUCAUUACAUCAGGUCUCAAUGCUAUUGGUACCAUUUUGUUGAUAUUCCUUGUUGAUAGAUUUGGGAGGAGGAGGUUGCUUAUUGUUAGUACAAUUGGAAUGGUGGCUGCCCUUGUGAUGUUGUUCGUGGUUUUUGAUCAAGCUUCAAUCCAUGCUCCUGCUAUCAAUAAAUUAGAGUCCACCACCCAUUUUGGCAAGAAUGCUACAUGUUCAAGUUACUUGACUUCCAAGGAUGCAUCGUCUUGGAACUGCAUGAAAUGUUUGAAGGCUUCUUCGGAAUGUGGGUUUUGUGCUAAUGGAGUUAGCAAUGUUAGACCAGGUGCAUGUCUAGCUUCGAAUACGAUUACAAAAGGUGCAUGUCAUGGGGAGCAUCGUGAAUGGUUUACUAGAGGUUGCCCAAGCAAUUUUGGCAUUGUUGCAUUGUUCGGGUUAGCAUUUUACAUCAUUGCUUAUUCCCCAGGGAUGGGAACUGUUCCAUGGAUCAUAAACUCAGAGAUAUACCCUUUGAGAUAUAGAGGCCUUUGUGGUGGAAUUGCUGCAAUGGCUAAUUGGAUUUCAAACCUCAUUGUGAGCCAGACAUUCUUAACUUUGACUGAAGCCCUUGGCUCGGCCAAAACUUUUCUGCUGUUUGGUUGCUUCGCUUUCAUUGCAUUGUUCUUCAUCUAUUCCUUUGUUCCGGAAACCAAAGGAUUGCCAUUCGAGGAGCUUGAAAAAAUGCUUAAAGGAGGCUUCAAACCCUGGCCCUUCAAUAGGUCCUUUCGGUUGAUCUCCAACCAAAAGAAGAGAGAAGACCAGCAGAAAAUUUGGAUCAGACUAGCUGAUUUCAUUGUAUUUUUCCAUUUGGUUGAUUAUCUAUAAUUAGUUAUUGCCUUUAGUUAAUGGUUACUUGUUGAUAUUUGGGGAUCAAUUCAAUGAUACAUGAUUAAUGGCAAUUGUUAGCUUCUUUGUGUGUAAUAUAUUUAUGUAUAUUUUCACUUUC